UGGCGACGGAUCCGAGAGCGGCCGCCACCGACAACGAACGCAGCAGGCAGAUGUGGAGAGGCCGGAGACGGCUGCUAACCCGCCGCAAAGCUCCGGCUCUGGUGUACUGGAUAAGUUGUUUGGAAAGAGGCUGCUGCAGGCUGGCAGGCACGUCAUGUCUCAUAAGUCUUGGAUGAAGACGGUGCCCACGGAGAACUGUGAUGUCCUCAUGACAUUUGCAGAUAGUACAGAUGACCACACGUUGCUAUGGCUACUGAACCACAUCCGGCUGGGAAUUCCAGAGCUCAUCAUCCAAAUCCGUCAUCAUAAGCAAACGCGCGUCUACGCAUUCUUCGUCACCGCCACCUAUGAAAACUUAUUGCGAGGUGCUGAAGAGAUGGGCCUGAGGAAAGCAGUGAAACCCGAGUUCGGUGCAGGAACACGGAGCUUCUCUUGCGAAGAGGACUACAUCUAUGAGAACAUUGAGAGCGAGCUGUGCUUCUUCACGUCACAGGAAAGGCAGAGCAUCAUUAAAUACUGGCUGGAUAAUCUACGCGCCAAACAUGGGGAGGUGCUUCAUAAUAUCAACUUCCUGGAAGGUCAACCAAUUAUUCCGGAGCUGAAUGCAAGAGGUGUGAUCCAGCAGAUGUUUCCCCUCCACGAACAGCGCGUCCUGAGUCACCUAAUGAAGUCCUGGGUCCAGGCCGUUUGCGAGAAACAGCCCUUAGAUGAUAUCUGCGACUACUUUGGUGUGAAGAUUGCCAUGUAUUUUGCCUGGCUGGGUUUUUACACCACUUCUAUGUUGUAUCCUGCUGUGAUCGGAUUUGUACUGUGGAUGCUCACCGAGUCAGAUCAGACAAGCCGUGACAUCUGCUGCGUGGUCUUUGCACUUUUCAACGUGGUGUGGGCCACUUUGUUUCUUGAACGGUGGAAGAGAAGAGGUGCUGAGCUGGCGUAUAAAUGGAGAACCAUCGACACGCCUGCCGAAUCCCUGGAGGAACCGCGUCCUCAGUUCCGGGGAGUCAAGCGCUGUAGUCCUGUCACGGGAUGUGAGGAGUUCUACUAUCCGCCUUGGCGGAGACGUGUGUUCAGGUGGCUGGUCAGCUUGCCCAUCUGUCUUCUCUGUCUCUGUUUUGUCUUCCUGGUUAUGCUCAUCUGCUUUGAGCUACAGGAAUUUGUAAUGGGGAUCAAGGAAAUGCCUCGGCUGGCUCGCUUCAUCCCGAAGAUAAUGCUCGCUAUCACUGUGACUGCAUGUGAUGAGGUGUACAGGAAAAUCGCCUGUUGGCUCAAUGACAUGGAAAACUAUCGACUCCAGAGUGCCUAUGAGAAAAAUCUCAUCAUCAAAAUGGUUCUCUUUCAGUUUGUAAAUUCAUAUCUCAGCCUUUUUUACAUUGGAUUCUACCUCAAAGACAUGGAGCGGCUCAAAGAGAUGCUGGCCACUCUGCUCAUCAUUCGUCAGUUCCUUCAAAAUGUGAAGGAGGUGCUGCAGCCUUAUGUGUAUGAGCGCCACAAACUGGGAGAGCUGACUUUGCGAGCCCUGUGGGACCUGUUGCUCUCCGUGCUGCUAAAAUACGCCAGGCUGGCUGCUGGAAAAGCACAGGCCUUGCCCACUGACCCAGCCAUGCCAGGACCUGGUCUGAGGGGCACCAGGCCCGGGGUGGGGCAUACAGACAAAAGGGAAAGGAAGUGUUUGAAUGGAGGGUGCGGGGUGCCCGAUGAGGACGAGAGUGGCGAGAGGGAUGAGGCUGACAGCGGGAGGUUCAGUGAAGGAGAAACCGAGGAGGAAAAUCUGAUCGAUUGUGGUUUGAAACUGAGGAAAGUCAGUUUCAUAGAGAAGAUGGACAGGAGGCCGGCAUGUAGCCGCCAUCCCAUGGACAAUCGUUUUAUGGAGGAGGGGAGCCCAACUAUGGUGGAUAAAGGAAUGGACUCAACCUCUGUGUUUUCAAUGUGUGAUGAAGACGUUGAUAAUGGCAUCCAUGACGUGAAGGAGGCAGCCUCCAGGAAUGAGAGCAGUGCAUCACUGCGAAAUCGGAGAAGAGCCCGCAGCAGCGAGCGGCCUGAACCCGCAACAAAGAGGGAAUCAUGGAUUGACCCUCCGGAAGUGAAGGAGAGCACCACGCUCACUCAGGCGGAGAUAGAGAGCUGCAUGCAGACUUACGAGGACACUUUCCAGGACUACCAGGAGAUGUUUGUCCAGUUUGGCUACGUGGUGUUGUUCUCCUCUGCCUUCCCCCUGGCUGCCAUGUGCGCGCUUAUCAACAACAUCAUUGAGAUCCGCAGCGAUGCCUUCAAGCUCUGUACGGGUCUGCAGAGGCCGUUUGGUCUCCGAGUGGCGAGCAUUGGCCAGUGGCAGUCUGCAAUGGAAGCAAUGGGUCUGAUUGCCAUUAUUGUCAACUGUUACCUGAUCGGUCAGUGCGGUCAGCUGCAGCGCCUCUUCCCCUGGCUAAGCCCCGAGAUGGCCAUCAUCUCCAUUGUCAUCCUUGAGCACUUUGCUGUCCUCUUGAAGUAUGUCAUCCAUGUGGCCAUUCCCGACAUUCCGACAUGGGUGAGAGAGGAGAUGGCUAAACUGGAUUAUCAGCGCAGGGAGGCCUUUAAGAAGCACGAGCGUCAGGCUCAGCAGCACUACCAGCAGCUGCAGAGGAAGAAAAGGGAGGAGGAGGAGAGGCAGAGGCAAGUGGAGCAUAUGGCCCGCAGAGAAAGGGACCGGGACGACGGCAAAGGCGACUCCUCCGGAGAUCACCACCACGACAAAAGUCACAGCGGCAAAUCGCGCCCUGGCGGUGGCGGUAGCGGUAGCGGUGGCGGUGGAGCCGGCGGAGGCGGUUCGGACAAGCCCAAGAGGCCCAGCUCCCUGCUGGCCAACAACAACGUGAUGAAGCUCAAACAGAUCAUACCGCUGCAGAGCAAGUUCUCCUCAGGUGGUGCCCGCUCCCCUCAGUCGCCCACUGAAGCAAAGCUGCCAGGGUUCCUCAGCUUCAAAUUCCUCAAAUCACCCGAGAAUAAGAAGGAGUCCGCGGCGGCUUCCUCGACGGCUUCCGGGUCUAUAUGCUGGUGCAUCUAA